GGAGGAAAGUGAAGUGAAGAAAAUUGUUUCUCGUUUUGUUUAGUACUUAAUUUUUUCCCGGUGUUCUUACAAAACACGUGUUCAGCUAUAAACGUUAAAUUUAUAAUUAUUUCUUUCUUUUACUAUGGGAAAAAAGAAAUCCGUGGGUGCUGAUGAAAAUGAAGGUGAUGAAACCAUGGAAACGUCCCAAAUCGAGGAUACUCCACGCCUGUCGUAUGAAGAGCAAAUGCAAAAUGUUAGCAUUAUAGCAUCACCAUUAGCUCCUAAAAAAUUAGCUAAACGUUUGUAUAAAUUGAUUAAAAAAGCUGCUCCUUGCAAGGGUUAUCUUCGUCACGGCUUAAAAGAUGCUCAAGCAGCUAUUCGUAAAGGUGAGACUGGUAUAGUUGUUUUUGCUGGUGAUGUAACACCUAUUGAAGUUAUGUGCCACAUGCCAGCUGUGUGUGAAGAAAAAAAUAUUCCUUAUGUUUAUACUCCUUCAAGAGAUGAUUUAGGUCUUGCCAUGGGUGUAAAAAGAAGUGUGUUGAUGUUGCUUAUCAAAGAACAUCCUGAUUAUAAAGAUAUGUAUGAUGACUGCAAAGCUAGAAUGAAAAGUGUCACCAUAUCUGCUUUUACACAGCAGUAAGAUCGACUGUUAUUGUAUCAUAUGUGAAUAGUCAUACAUUAAUGGGAUUUUAUUUUGUCCCUAAAUAUGAGCAUUAAAAGAAUGUAAUUGUGCUUCAAGCUCAUUACACAUUUAUUAUUAAAAUAAUUUUUUUAAAGUUA